GAGGCUGCUCCGAUUCUCAAUUAGCUCCCUCCGCUCCAAAGGGGUCCGGAGGCUGGGAUGCUCUGCCAGCUUGGAGGAUGUUGACUCUGGAGUGGGAGUCGGAAGGACUGCAAACAGUGGGUAUUGUUGUGAUUAUAUGUGCAUCUCUGAAGCUGCUUCAUUUGCUGGGACUGAUUGAUUUUUCGGAAGACAGCGUGGAAGAUGAGCUGGAGAUGGCCACCGUCAGGCAUCGGCCUGAGGCCCUGGAGCUUCUGGAAGCCCAGAGCAAAUUCACCAAGAAAGAGCUUCAGAUUCUCUACAGAGGAUUUAAGAAUGAAUGCCCCAGUGGUGUUGUUAAUGAAGAAACCUUCAAAGAGAUUUACUCGCAGUUCUUUCCACAGGGAGACUCUACAACAUAUGCACAUUUUCUGUUCAAUGCUUUUGAUACGGACCACAACGGAGCUGUGAGUUUCGAGGAUUUCAUCAAGGGUCUUUCCAUUUUGCUCCGGGGGACAGUACAAGAAAAACUCAACUGGGCAUUUAAUUUGUAUGACAUAAAUAAAGAUGGCUACAUCACUAAAGAGGAAAUGCUUGAUAUAAUGAAAGCAAUAUAUGACAUGAUGGGUAAAUGCACAUAUCCUGUCCUCAAAGAAGAUGCUCCUAGACAACAUGUGGAAACAUUUUUCCAGAAAAUGGACAAAAAUAAAGAUGGGGUCGUUACUAUAGAUGAGUUCAUCGAAAGUUGCCAAAAAGAUGAAAACAUAAUGCGCUCCAUGCAGCUCUUUGAAAAUGUGAUUUAACUUGUCAAAUAGUUCCUCAAUCCAACAGACAAAUGUGAACUAUUCUACCACACUUAAAGUUGGAGCUACCACUUUUAGCAUAGAUUGCUCAGCUUUACACUGAAGCAUAUUAUGCAAAUAAGCUUUGUUUUAAUAUAAAGCAAUCCCUACAAGAUUUGUUUUCCAGUUAUAAUAAAUUUGCAUCCUUUUCAUAAUGCCACUGAGUUCAUGGAAUGUUCUAACUCAUUUCAUACUCUGUGAAUAUUCGAAAGUAAUAGAAUCUGGCAUAUAGUUCUGUUGAUUCUUUAGCCAUGGGAUUAUUGAGGCUUUCACUCUCAGUGAUUUUAAAAUAUUAGUGUUUUUUGCUACUCAUUUGUAUGUUUUCAGUCCUAGGAUUUUAAAUGAUUUUCUAAAAUAUUGACAUCUGCAUUUAAUUUCCAGAAAUUAAAUUAAUUUUCAUGUUUGUAUGCUGUAAUUCCAUUUAUAUACUUUAAGUAAACGAGAUUACAUUUAAGAAAACCCCACAUAGUCCCAGUUUCUAUGGAUUUGCCACCAUCUGUUAAAGACAUUAAUUUAUCUGGCAUUUUUAAUAACAUUUAACAAAUUAGUUUAUUACCAGAUAUCAGCAUAUGCCUAAUAAAACUUAUUUUAAUAAGCAUUUCUUAAUUUUCCAUAAUACAUAUUACAACAAAGGCCUACAUAAUAUAGAUAAUUUUGGAUUUGUUUGAUCUUACAUGCUGACUGUUUUCUAUCAUGUCAUUAAGUGGAAGUUCAGGAAGGCAUGACACAAAGCAAGGAUGUUUACAAAUGUAUGCAAAAGGUUAGGGUAACUGUUCUCCAGUACACAGUAAUGCUUGAUAACAAGUAAUCCUUAACAGCACUAAAGGCCAAUUCCAUCUCUUUCCCCUGACUUCCUCACAGCAUGUUUAUAUUUCAAGCCAUUCAGGAACAAAGAGACCUUGGCUACCCCAAUGCCUACUAGGAACAAACAGCAAGCAAAAUUCACUUUGAAAGCACCAGGGAUUCCCUUAUAUUGAGAGCUACUAUCAAGAUUUAGUAGAAAAUGAAUGUAAGUGCUGAACACCUCAUCUGGAUCACAUUAUGAUUUAGCUCAUCAUAAAACUCCUACAAUCCAGAUUCUAAUGAUCUUAAGCAAGACUAUACAGUUGCCACAUUGCUGAAAAUAUACACACCUUCUCUGUUUUGUAGAAAUAUCACAAAGACCAAGAGGCUACAGUAGGAGGAAAUUUGCAACUGUCUUUGCAACAAUAAAUCAGGUAUCUAUUCUGGUGUAGAGAUAGGAUGUUGAAAGCUGCCCUGCUAUCACCAGUGUAGAAAUUAAGAGUAGUACAAUACAUGUACACUGAAAUUUGCCAUCGUGUGUUUGUGUAAACUCAAUGUGCACAUUUUGUAUUUCAAAAAGAAAAAAUAAAAGCAAAAUAAAAUGUUUAUAA